CAGAGGGAAGCCAUAGCUUUAGUCUACAUUGAACAGCAGCCAAGUUCAGUUGGGAUCGAUUUGAAAUAACCUAUAUUUGCGAGGCGGUGGAUUAUUCAUUCGCCAGUUGGCUUUGAGAGUUUCUGUGCUGAGGUUGACGAAAUGAAGCGGAGUGCAUUAGCAGUGGCCCUGCUCCUGGCCCUGGUGUCUCAACUUUCGGCCCACAGCUCCGAUGACUUGGUUUACGGCUAUGAAUGCCGAAAAGGUAUCUGCCAGAAGGUGGAGCUCGACGAGGAGAAUUUUGCCAAGGCCAUAAGCCUGCCAGUUUGCCGGCUCUUCUGCGGCAGCUCAAUCGGCACCCUGUGGCCCAAACCCACGGGUACAGUGCGUCUGGACACGCUGAUGCGCCAGGUGGACAUCUCUUUUAUUGACUUCAAUGUCAACAGCACUGCCCGCCAGGAGAAAUUGUGGCGAGCGGUUGAGAACCGCUUCAUGGACAUGCUAAACGCCCAGAUUCCAGAUCGCAGAAUCCUCGCCCGAGGCGGCUAUCGCUUGUCCGUUAACAUCAACACACCGGAGGAGCCUGUCCCGGCCAAACUUACUCUGGAAACGGAUGAGAGCUACAGCCUGGAUAUUGAUACGGAUGCCUCGGGACAUGUGCUGGCCAACAUCACUGCGGCCAAUUUCUUUGGAGCCCGUCACGGUCUGGAGACCCUGGCCCAACUGGUUGUCUACGAUGACAUCCGCCGCGAAGUCCAGGUGACUGCUAAUGCCACCAUCACUGAUGCUCCGAUUUACAAGUGGCGUGGAUUGCUACUGGACACCUCCCGUAACUUCUACUCCGUGAAGUCCAUUAAGAGAACGUUGGAGGGCAUGGCCCUGGUCAAGCUGAACACCUUCCACUGGCACAUCACGGACUCCCACAGCUUCCCUCUGGAGGUGCAAAAGCGCCCCGAGCUUCACAAACUGGGCGCCUACUCCCAACGCCAGGUUUACACCCGUAGGGAUGUGGCCGAUGUUGUGGAGUUCGGCCGCGUGCGAGGAAUCCGAGUGAUGCCGGAAUUUGACGCCCCUGCCCAUGUGGGUGAGGGCUGGCAGCACAAGAACAUGACCGCCUGCUUCAAUGCCCAGCCAUGGAAGGCCUUCUGUGUGGAGCCGCCUUGCGGACAGCUGGACCCCACUGUAAACGAGAUGUACGAUGUCCUGGAGGACAUCUACGGCACCAUGUACGAGCAGUUCAACCCGGAUGUCUUUCACAUGGGCGGCGACGAGGUGUCCACCAGUUGCUGGAACAGCAGCAAGCCCAUCCAGAAGUGGAUGAAGAAGAAGGGCUGGGGUCUGGAGACCGCCGACUUUAUGCGCCUGUGGGGACACUUCCAGACGGAGGCUCUCGGUCGAGUGGACAAGGUGGCCAAUGGCUCGCACACCCCCAUCAUCCUGUGGACCAGUGGACUCACCGAAGAGCCCUUCAUCGAUGAGUAUCUAAAUCCGGAGCGUUACAUCAUUCAGAUCUGGACCACUGGCGCUGAUCCCAAGGUUAAGAAGAUCCUGGAGCGAGGCUACAAGAUCAUUGUAUCCAACUAUGAUGCCUUGUACCUGGAUUGCGGAGGAGCUGGCUGGGUGACUGAUGGCAACAACUGGUGCUCUCCCUACAUCGGCUGGCAGAAGGUGUACGACAAUAGUUUGAAAUCCAUUGCCGGCGACUACGAGCACCAUGUUUUGGGCGCCGAGGGAGCCAUUUGGUCGGAGCAGAUCGACGAGCACACUCUGGAUAAUCGCUUUUGGCCCAGGGCAAGUGCUUUGGCCGAGCGACUGUGGUCAGAUCCUGCCGAGGGUUGGCGCCAGGCCGAGUCUCGCCUGCUGCUCCAUCGCCAGCGGCUAGUCGAGAACGGACUGGGUGCUGAAGCCAUGCAGCCUCAGUGGUGCCUGCAAAAUGAGAACGAGUGUCCCAUUGACGCGUACGAUGCACAAGCUUGAUUUGUGAUUAAGUCUUAACGGUCGCUAUCCUUGUAGAUGUAGUCAGGGCGGCGGGCAGCUUUGGAUGAUCGUUUUCUUCCAACUCACAACGCUCUCCGCCUGAAAAUAAAUCACAGCUUAAAGGUGGCCUUUACGCAA